UUCGGAUCGGAUGGUAUAAAUCCCAGUAAGCUUAAAUCGUUACGACACCAGCCUCGCUGAUGCAGUUCUCAAAAGCCAUUCAGUAAUAAUGUCGACGUCUCGUCCAAAAUAACUGCCAGCCCGACCGCAAUGUCGUCGCGCGAGUCUUGCUUGGCCGUUUCCAUCACUGUCUUUGCAUCGCCUCCAAGCUGCCACGUCACAAGAAACUUCACCACGUCCCACUGUUCAGCAUAAGCAGCUCGUUCGAGGGUCCAAUCUGGACACCCUUCCCCACGAUGGGUAUGGAGCCAUUGGACAGUCUCCAGAUGGCCAUUUUCUGCUGCCUGGCCCAUGGCGUUGAUCGUACAGCCUUCAGUCCGGUGGGUAUGCAACCAUUUGACGACCUCCAGUUGACCGUCCUCAGCGGCGUCGUCCAUUGCGUUGGUCGUACAUCCAUAAUUGUGCUGGUGCAACAUCUUGAUCAUUGCCAGAUGGCCAUUGUACGCGGCGGCAUCGAUCUCGUUUGUCGAGCCAUGACCAUCACUCCCGAGUUCGUGAACAAUGUAUGUCGCCACAUCCAGGCGAUUUGUGGCCGCGGCAGCCGUCAAUGCUAGAGUCAAGCUGUGCGCCGUGAGGGGGUAGUGGGUGUGUAAGAAUUGCACAACUUCCAAAUGUCCGUUCUCCGCGGCAUCCAUGAUAGCCUGGUCUGAACACCCUUCGUUUCUGUAUGCGUGUAAAUAGCGAACCACGUCGAGGUCGCCUCGGAGGGCGGCUACGUCCAUUGCAAAAGUAGUGCAGCCUUCAUGGCCUACGACAGCAUCGAGAAACUUGAGGACACGCAUGUGGCCAUUCGCAGCCGCCAGAUCCAGCAGCAAGUACCGGACUUGACGCAACAUGUCGAGUGGAAGCAUGCUCAACAUUGCCAGGUUUCCGCUGAACGCGGCGUGUGCAAUUACAACAUUUCGCAGGCGCGGCAAACAAGCAAACAACUUGAAGACGCACGCGGUACCGUGGAGAUCGUACCAAGGCUCCAAGACGUCGUGAAGGGGCUCAAAUGCAAACGUGACAGAGUUGAUAUCAAGCCAAUUGUCCAUUGUGGUAGGGCUCCGCAGCAAAUCCCUGAGAUAUAGUAAGUCGCGUGUUAGACCCACGAACGGGCGCAGAACCAGGUAGAUUCCAUUCUGAUACGCAGUGAUGGCAUCCAUGAGUUCCUGGGUGAAGAGUACUGCGGACAUCGGCGACGCUUUGGGCCACGGCGAUCGCUUCUUCGACGGCAUCUCCAUGUUCUCGGAAAUGUCCGACGUGAC